AUGUUCAACCUAUUUGGAGAGGACCGGGCGCCAGAAAAGCCUCUGUCGUCCCUGUUGGCUGCCGUGGAUGCCGAAGAUGUGGACACGGUGCGCCAGUUAGUCCCCACAGCAGACCCUGGUGAUCUCGCCGCGGCUCUGUGCCGAUCCUGCGAGAAGGGCAAAGUCACUGUCGCCCAUGUUCUGAUAGAAACCGGGAGGUGUGAUGUCAAUGCCGCGGACGAUGGCGUGACGCCUCUGUUUUCAGCUGCAAAGGCUGUCGAGCCCGCCAUUGUUCGACUCCUCUUGAGACAUGGCGCAGACGUCACCGUCAAAUCCGGUAUCAAGCGAGGAGAAUUGACAAACCUUUCAAAUUUGCCUAUUCACGGCGCGGUGUGUGAUCUGCGACACCUGCAACAUGUGAAAGAUCAGUCUUGCUUCGAGGAGGUACUCCAGCUGCUGUUGGACGCCGGGGCCGACAUCAAUUCGCAGGAUACCAACGGCGAGACCGUGCUGCUUUAUUGCUUGCACUGGGAUUCGGAGCUCGUUUCAUUUGUGUUGCGUGCGGGAGCAGAUCCUAAUAUUCAGGAUAAGAAAGGCUGCGUGCCUCUGCAAUUCUUUCACUCGCCUCAAGAUCAUCCGGAUCGAUUCAAGCUCCUAAUGGAGCAUGGAGCUCGCUUGGACAUCGGUGAAAAAGUCAACGGUGAAACGCCACUGCAUGGCUUUGCGACCAAAUGUCAGCUGGGAGAUCUCUCCCUGUUCUUGCCAUAUGUAUCGGACUGGCACAUUACCGAUACGAUGGGAAAUACACUGCUUCAUACCGCCGUGAGGAGACACCGCCACGGGAGUCCCACCGUCGCGGCACUUUUGAGGCUCGGGCUGAACCCGAACCAGAAGAAUCACGAUGGUAAACAGCCUAUCCAUAUGAUCAGUGGCAUUGGAGACAGUCUAGUGGAGAUACUGGACGUCCUCUGCGCGGCUGGUGCAGACCUUGAGGCCAGGGAUCACUCUGGACGCACGCUACUCACAAACUCUAUGUCUGGAUAUGCCAGUAUCAGCUCUCGCGAGUUGAUACCACUUCUAAUCAGUCGCGGAGCUGAUAUCAAUUCCCGGGACUUCAAGGGAGAUGGCAUGCUUACCUAUUUGAUCGAGCCUCACAAAUUCCACUCUCAGCAUCUGGACAUCUUGUUGAAACUUGGGGUUGAUCCCAAUCUGGAGAACUAUGCAGGAGACACCUUUUUACACCAAUUGGCAGUCAGUUUCGCUACAGUCCAAGAUGACUCCUGUUACUUGGCCAUGUUAAAGCUCUUGAAGAUUGGCCUUUCCCCAGCCCAUCCUAACUUCCAGGGCCGGACGCCACUGCAUGCUCUUUGCAGUCAGACCUCGGAGUUUCAUUUUAUCGCUGCUCCAGAAGAAGGCAAGUGCGCUAUUGACCUGCUGCUUGAUGCAGGCUUCACUACCGCCUUAAAUACUCCUGACAAUCAGGGUAUCCGACCUAUCCACCUAGCUGCCACGACCUCUGAUAUCCUGGUCAGCAAGUUCAUUGCCAGAGGAGCUGAUACUGCCGCAACUACGAAAGAUGGCCGAAACUUGCUACAUAUCGCGUCCACCGCUCGCCAAAGCAACAUUGUAGGACUGCUGUUAGAUCACUACACAUCGUUGAAUAUGCUGUCAUUGGUCAACGCACAGUCGGAAGACGGCCGGAGCCCCCUUCAUGUGGCAUGUUCCUCUGGAAGGGUGGAAACUGUGAAUCUGCUUCUUGCUCAUGGAGCGGAUGCCCAACUCCGAGACCAACACAAGAAAACUGCGAUGGACUCAAGCUCUAGCUUCAUACUCGAGGAUCGACUCUGGAAAGACGCUUAUGGCCAGGAGAAUCUAUUCCGUCUCCUAUCGGCAGCGGGCGUCCUCGCAGAUGAUGAUCGACGGCCACGAAUGCAUGAUACCAAGUCGGGUAAACAAAGCGAGAACCCCAAGAAGUUGGGAUGGAAGGGAGAGAUAACCUCCGAAGCUUCGAGUCUCGGCACUCGUGCCAUUGUGCGGGCGCUGGCGCUACAUGGUGGGCUUUUGGAAAAGACGGGAUACGGGAUUGGUCCAAUGUGGCACGCGACAGAGGCUGGCGAUGAGGAGAUGGCCGUCGAGUUAGCCCGUAUAUCCGAAGAGAUGGGUAUCAAGCUCGAGGAUUAUCGCUCCUUCGACACUCAACGCUUGCUGUUGCGCUCGCAGCACCUUCCAGGUCUAUUCAAGGAAGAAUUUGACAGCCCUAUUGAUAUGGACAAUGAAGUGCUUUCAGCGGUCUUAGCCGGUCAUCCCGAGGAGCUUGCUCAAACUCUGGAAGGUAAUGCCGAGAUUGUGAGAGAUGGCUCUGCCAUGCCGGGUAUCUUGGUCACACUCGCUCGAUGGGGAUACUCUGAGCUCUUUGAAAGAAUCGGGAGAAUCAUGCCCGAAAAUGGCUGGAUCGAUGGUGGAAGCAGGGAUUACAACGGCGAGCUAAUCCCGAACUUGCUGGCUGCCGCUCAGCGAGAGCUCCCUAACCUAGACAUGAUCAAGUUGAUCGUCGAGAAAUUCCAUGCAAAUGUCAAUAUUGUUUUCAAGGACGGCAUGGUGACCAAACCAAAGGUCUACUACCAAUCCGCAAUGGCUACCAGAAGAGGAUACCAAGCCGGUGAUACGAUCCUUCAUCACCUGGCCCAAGGCACUCAUUGGUGGCAUGCAAAAGCUAUUCAGUACUUGCUCCAAAAAGGCGCUGAUCCUAAUGCCCGCAACGCCCAGGGCAAGACACCGUUGUGCAAAGCUAUUGACAUCUCCGAGAGCCUUCAACAACUGGAAAUUGUGAAAUGCCUGCUUGAGGGCGGUGCUGAUCCAAACCUCACUGCCAACUGUGGCUUCUCGCCGCUUGCCAUGUCUGCCUAUAGCACCCAGUUAUCUAACCUCCUGAUCGAGCACGGUGCCUAUCCGUCCCAGAACCACCCUAUGGAGCUUUUCGUGGCGUUGUACUCCUUCAACUCUGAAGUCGUCUCAAAACUCCUUGCCACGGGCUUGGACGUGAACAACACGACCCUAUCUGACGCCCAGCCACAUUGGCAUACCCACCGAUUGCAGAAAGUCCCUCAAAUCAAAACUCUUGUUCUACGGCCAAUUCACUACAUCGCUAUGUUUCCCUUUAACGAGUCAAACAGCCGCGCCAACGCUAUCCGCAUGAUCAAGUGCCUGCUCGCCCACGGCGCUGACCCAUUCCUACCCUGCGACACGGACCAGUUAAUCUUGCACGAUCUUUUCACCGAAGGGGGCAUCAUCCAGCCCUGGCUUGAAUUGCCGGACCUUGACCUUGAGCGGCAGGAUCCUAAAGGCCAGACACUCAUUCUGGCGGCCGCAAGGUGCCAGACUGGCACACAUUCUGGGGGGGAGGGCGAUAUUACGCGUGCGAUGGCACUUUAUGAGAAGGGGGCUGAUCUGACGGUCGUUGAUCACCAAGAUAAUACUGUCUUUCAUCUUUUAGCGGCUUCGAGGCCUUCUAAUAAGUUUGCGGAGGGGGAAUUCCGGAGGACAGUGAAGUUGUUUAUGAAGAAGGUUCCUGAAUUAGUGGAGAAGAGGAACCUUGAGGGGAAGACGGCUCUCGCCAUUGCGGAGGAACAGGGGAUUGAGUGGGCGAAGGAUUUGUUUGGAAAUUUUCAACAAAGAUAG